AUGAAAAGUGAACUAAUUCCAUCCUUCACGUUACUAUGUGUAUUUUCGAUGCUCGUCAUGUUGGUGUUAUCGGAUUUGCCGCAGAAAAUUAUUUCGGUUAAUGGAAGCAAUCCAGAUGAUAACACUUCGGACGAUAGAAGUUCGGACGAUAACAGUGGGGGUGAUAAUGAUUGGGACGAUGGCAGUUCGGAUGAUAGUAGCAUUGAAGUGUUAGCCAUUUGGAACAAUGAGUUUUUAAACGGUAGAAUUGUGAACCGAAUUAGGGAAAGCUUUUUGAACAAUGACAGCUUGUAUGAUAGCAGUUCGGAUGAUGAUGAUGCAUUUGUAGAACGAUAG